UCCCAGGCCCGCCCGUCACCUGGACGCAGAGCUGGUAGCGCUUGAAGAGCUGGACGCAGGGGUCCCCCCCGUCGCCGGCCUCCCCCUUCAGGAACUUCUCGGCGAACCAGCGGUUGAAGCACUGGUCGUAGUCGCGCUUCAGCUCCGUGCAGGCCUCGCCGACGCUGUUCAUGGCGGACUGACGCAGCGCCCCGGAAGGCAGGUUGUGGCGUCACUUCCGCCUCGACGCCCGGAAGUAGAAGAGGCGCGUUUGACAUGUUCGGCUGCAGGUGGGCCCGGCGGGGCUGCUGGCGCCCCUUGCGCUCUGCGCUCGGCUGCAGGGGCGCCUCUUCGGCGGAGGACGCCGGAUCCGGCCGGGCCAAAAUUACUUUGGAGUUGUUGGAUCAUCUGGAGCGACUGGCGCUCGUUGAUUUCCGUAACUGGGAGGGCGUCCGCCGUUUGGAGAGCGCGGUUGAAUUCGCCGAACAACUUCAAGCAGUGAACACUGAUGGAAUUGAGCCCAUGGAAUCGGUGCUGGAAGACAGGCAUCUCUACCUCAGGGAAGAUAGCAUCUCGGAGGGGAACUGUGCAGAGGAACUACUGAAGAAGGCUGCAAAGACUGUUGAAGGAUAUUUCAUAGCUCCACCAGGUAACAUUCCUCUGCCAAAGGUAGAAGAGAGGAAUACUUUUCUUCACAAGGAAGAUUCUUAAUAGAAGAUUUGAUGCCAUCACCAAUUGCUUUGAGACACAUUGUCUAUUGUCAUUAGGAUUUUUAUAUCAAGUACCUCAUAUAAUUGGGAAUGGGGAGGAACUGGAACUGAAAUGACUGGUGUUGC